UCAUGUUACUUCCGAGUCAGUCCGGCUCAAAAUCUAAACACGAGACUGGCAUGCGUUAUAGUAUAUACACGUUUAUCAUCGCCUUCGUAGCAGUUUGUACGUAUUUUACCGUCAACAAAGAGCCAACCGAAGCUGACAACAGGUCUGUUUGAGCCAUUUUUUGUUUUAUGUUUGCAAGAAUUUUAAUAAGAAUGUCCUCGUCACUUCCUCAUCACGUCAUCUGGGAGACUGAGGAGCUGGUGGCGUACCUCCACCCCUCCCCCUGGACUCCUGGCACAGUUACCCUGGAGAGGAAGCCUCUUCCUGGGGGAGAUGAGGCUGGAGGCCCAGGGAGAGGAAGUAUCUUCCACCUGGCGGAGAGGGAGUACCUGAGCCUGAUGCUGGGGGCUCGGUCCCUGGGGAGGCUCCUGGGUGACAGGCUGGGCGUCCGGAGGUGUGCCCUGGUCUCCAAGCCCCACAGAGACUCACCUGCUCAGAUCCGUCUCCUCCCCCUGCACGGCCUGGGGUCCGAGUGGCGCCCCCACCUGGCGGAGGAGGAGCGCUUCUCCCCUCACGACCCCGGCUACAUCACCUCCCUGGGCGGUCCCCUCCGGCCCCCCGCCCACCUCCUGGAGCUCCAGGCUCAGAUCCGAGCCAGGCUCCCGGCCCCCGACGCCCCGCCGGACCUCACCUUCCUGGGGGAAGACCCUCGGCACGCCGGCCUCUUCUCCAGGAUCGUGCGUGGCGAGGAGCAGCAGUGGAGGGUGUGGGAGGACCGGGGCCACGUGGCGUUCCUCACGCCCUUCCCCAACUCCCCCGGGCUCACCGUGAUCGUCCCCCGCCGACCUCUGACCUCCGACAUACUCCGACUCGAAGAGGGGGAUUACACGGAGCUCGUUCUGGCAACCCGGAAGGUGUCUCUGCUCCUGGAGGAGGGGUUGGGGGCGUGGGGGGUGGGGCUGAUCUUCGAGGGGUUUGAGAUUGACUAUGCCCACGCCAAGUUGAUCCCGCUGAUAGCACCUCCAGCAGGAGAAGAGGCGGGCCCCAUCGCCAGCCUGCCUCCACCCCGGUUCUACCCCGUCUAUCCUGGGUACGUGAGCUCUGAGGAUGGGCCUGAGGCCAGCUCGGAGAGCCUGAAGGAGCUACAGGUUAGAAUCACGCAGGCUUGAGAGAUAUUCCGGAUAUUCCGGAAGCGUGGACUGAAGCUUCUGGAAGCGCCGAAAUUAUUCCAAUUAAGACAAGUUCCUCACCCGAUAUACAGUAUAUGGACACGUUUAUAUUUUUUUCAAGUUCAAUUUAUUAAAUAAUUUGAUGUUUUUUGUAAUUCACUACUUCUAUAAAAUCUCAGCUGAUUUGGUAUUUUAUUUUUAUUAUCACAAUGCACAUACAAAGACAAUCAUUAUGCAUUAUGAUACAUUAAUACACAAUUACGUACACAAUUACGUACACAAUAUAUAAUAGCUUUACCAGACUAACACCACUGAACUGUACUGUGUUGGUUGUCUCCAAUCAAGAUGGACAGAACAUUGAAAAAUAAACAAAAACAAUUACAGAUCCAAA